CUCACCACCGGUAGGCAUCUUCGAUCCAAAAUAUGUUUCUCGCGCCCUUCGAUGCAAUGGUUUUUCAGGUCUGACCGGCGUUUGUGAGUGGCAAACCACACUUGCAGGGUAUCAUCGAUCUAUCGCCGAGCCAGUACCUUCUUCACUUAUAAAAGCCUCCGAAACGUGAGUGCCAUCGCAUCGACUCUUCUUUUACUAGUGUUGAUAACUCGGUGGGUUACUGGACUUUCAGUCUGGAUGAUCAUAUGAAUGCCUUAAACUCCACCCGAAGCAUUCUCGCUACUAAUUCAUUACACAUUUUCAGCCCAGGGCACAUCCGGGAUAAUAUCAAAAAUGUGGUACUGGUUCGACUCAGCAAAAGGGAAAGGACAUCCUUAAUUGAUCUACGGGAGUAAAAUCCAAACUCCACCUCGACUGUAAACCCCAAGACUCUGGUAAACCGUCCGAAAAAUUCUAGUCGUUCAAUGGGAGAAAUUUGGGAGUGCCUUACUUUGCUCAAGCUAUUCGCAGUAUAAAUGGGGCGUACAUGUUUGACUUGUUCUUCAGAGCCUCAACCUCUCUUUUUCCUAUCCUUGUGUGGCACAAUGCAACUGGUGUCUUUACUUCCGCUCAUAUUCGCCUUGGCUACAUUUGCUGCCCCUGCGGAAACCAUCGUCGGUCGUAGCUGCCACGAGGACCUCUCCAUACAUGAUCUUGGAGGUCUUCCUGCUCCAAAAAACCCUGUCUCCUUCGUCUUACUCGGCGUUGGAACACAGAACUACACGUGCUCCAGCACUGGUACCUAUGCCUCUGCUGGCGCUGUCGCGAGACUUUUCGACGUCUCGUGCAUUUCCAACACUGAUCUUUUCCCCAGACUUACCAAACUAGCGUACGACAUCUGGACCACUGAAGUGCAGGCAUCCGCUUCCUCUGUGGCUGAGAUCUCUAGCCUCUUGGAGAACGUCGGUGUCAUCUUUGGGGAUCAUUACUUUGUUACCAGCCCGACCGGUACUGGUAUAACUCCUAAAUGGGACGCGACGUCAGGAGCUUUCAAAGGGAAUCCAAAUGCCUACAUGCUUGGAGCUAAAGCUGCAGGUGUAUCUGCCCCAACAGGCAGCUUCGAUAUCGAUUGGUUAUACUUGACGAACUUAGGUGGUUCGGUAGGUGGAAAGCUCGCAGAUGGGAUCUAUCGAACCAGUACCAACGGUGGUCAACCCCCGGCUUCGUGUACCCCUGGGGAGUCUACCACUGUGAAAUACACUGCAUUUUAUUGUGCGUAAUAUUCUUGGCUUCCGCCCCCCCCCCUUCAAAUUUCCCUUCUGCACGACAAGGAUUAAACUAAAUCAAACCUUUCCUUGUUAUGCAGACCUUACUGGUUGAAGCGUGUAGAAAUGAUUGGAUGUUUUUUGCGAUAUACUACGCGGUCUUAGGUAUCAAUCAUCCGCUGUGUCUGUAUCUAUUUACCGAUCAUACUACUAUGCCGCGUACCGUUCCUCAG